CAAGUCGUGCUGUGGGAUGCUUGUCACGCAGGCCGUGUCCAUAAGAUGGUUCAUCAUCAUGAUUGCGUUCGUUGGUUUAUGCUGCACUGUCGUUGGCACCGUUCUCGGGGCCAUCAAGACUCACAAUUCUGAGUACGUCACCAUCACCCUGCUCAUGAUCGGGGUCGGCAUCGUGCUCAUCACGGUGUCGGGCGUGGCGUGGCACCUGACGUCCCGCGACGCCCCCUGCAGGGUGAUGCUCGGGCUCGCCCCCGCCGGCGUGGACGGCGUCAUGCGCGGCGGCGGCGGAGAGUCCCGACGCUUCAUGACGAGGAUGGCGCCCACGUUCGGUCGCCCCCACCAUCCCUACGCCGCUAUGAUGUACCCGGAGUUUCAGUUCCGCCCACCCCCGCCGUCCUACCAAGCCUCCAUGCAGGAGUACAGGCUCCGGCUGCUGCUCCUGGACCGCGCCAACGCCGCCCACCACGUCCCCUACCCCCACCCUCCUCUGGGGGUAGUGUCCCCACCCCCCACCUAUAGAUCCGCCCAACACCGCACGAUGACAAACACUCUGGGACGGGAGAGCAUCUACAGUCAUCCUCCCAGCUACCGGUCCCGUGAAGGAUCCAUCUCGCAGAAUCCAGACGCGGGCAACACUAACACAAAUCCUAACCCGAAUGUCGCAGCCGUUCAUUCUAGGGACCCUUCUUGCCUUUCUUUCCUUUCACACGACUCGCUUUAUUCCACCAAUUCUCACGACAGCAGAAACCGGAACAGAAAUGCUGAUGGUAGCAUCACUGGUGGUGGAACUCUGGUGGCCAACAAGGAUCUGGUGGAAGUACCUGCCGAAGAAGUCUUGACUGCCGACGAUACGUCCAAGAAAGAGGGCGAAGUUCUCAUAGCAAGCACUUCUAGUAACGUGUGUAUCAACAACACUAAUAUGCUCACCUUAACUAAUAAUAACAACCUCAACAUUAACAACUCUGUGAACAGCAACAACACAAACAACAGAUUAAGCAACAAUGGACAAACUACCAACAAUAAUUACAAUAAUCGUAACGCUGGCCUUAGAGACGGCAAUACCGUGACCAUCGUCCAAACGACCGGGUCUUCUCAGGUCAUCGGAAACCAAUCCGUCAUCGUUACCGUCUCAGGGGACGAGACUGAAACUUCUAAUGGACGAAACCAGCGCUUCGUCUCGCCGAGAAACCAGCAUGGUUUUGGCAGACCGCAGCAGCAGAGUGGAGGAAGCUCGGCUGCGGACGCCGAGAUUUCAGUGCUGGCUCACCUAUGACGUUCAAACGAGUAAUGCUCGUACGACGUCACUCUGAAGUCGCUGCGUCAUGUUCACCUAUGACGUUCAAACGAGUAAUGCUCGUACGACGUCACUUUGAAGCCGCUGCGUCGUGUUCACCUAUGACGUUCAAACGAGUAAUGCUCGCACGACGUCACUUUGAGCCGCUGCGCCGUGCCCACCUAUGACGUUCAAACGAGUAAUGCUCGUACGACGUCACUUUGAAGUCGCUGCGUCGUGUACAUCUAUGACGUUCAAACGAGUAAUGCUCGUACGACGUCACUUAGAGCAGCUGCGUCGUGUUCACCUAUGACGUUCAAACGAGUAAUGCUCGCACGACGUCACUUUAAGCAGCUACGCCGUGCUCGGGUUCUUAUUAAAUCCUCGCGGAAUGCGUUUGCGACAAACUGGGCGUGUUAGCUCAGGACGUAUUGAGUUUCACUAUUCCUGACCCUCGUCAUUGCUGUACGAAAAACCAUGUGUUUUGCAUGUAGGAUUCAUAGUUGAAUUGGAGAUUUUGACGUAAUAAAUGUUAUUGUAGUUAUUAUACGUAU